AUGUUGCCAGAAUCUUUGGUUUAUCUUUUGACUAAGGCAACAGCCCUCGUUUCUGUUAUCUUUGAUGAAACAACCCCAACAAUUAAGCCUUUCUUCGAUCGUCAACAAUUUAAUUUUGAAGUUGAUUUGUCUAAUCUAAAACAUUUUCCAACAUUUUUGGGGCAAAUCCAAGCAGAAAUAAAAACAAAUAAAACGGAAUUGACAGAAAUUCCUUUAAUUAUUUAUUUAAUUGAAGAACAAAAAAAUGAAAUUAAAAUAAUUGAAAAUAAACAAAAAGAAGUUGUUGAAGCUAUACAAAUAUCCCCAAGUGAUUUAUUUAGUAUUGGACGUGAAAGUGGAAAAAUACAUUUAAUGAGGAAACCAACGGAAAAUGAAUUGAGUAAAAGAGAAGGAAUUAAAUUUAAAGUGUUUGCUUGUUCUAAUUACCAAACACAAAAAUAUCAACAACAACAAAACCAUAACAAUUGUUCUGAAGCAGUAGUUAAUGUUAUAUUUUUAUCAGAAUUAAUUGAAAAUAAACAAAAAAGAAUUGAAAAUCAAAAAAUAAUUGAAGAAACAACAUUACAAACAUUUAUCAGUACAACAUCUCCCUCAUCUAUUUUAUCUCCUCCAACUUCUACUAUUUCACUAAAUCAAUCAAUUAAUAACCAAAAUAAUGAAAUUCUUGAAUUUAUUCCUCUUCCAAAAAAUAUUUUUUUAGCUCCAACCAAAGCACCUGGUUCUACAAUUAUUAAUUUGUCUGUGCGUAUUCAUGAUCCAAAUGAUGGAAAUUGGCAUUUAAUUCCAAAUGGAAUAGGAGGGAAUAAUCAACAAAAUAAUCAAAAUAUGCCCUCCAACUUAAAUUAUUGGAUAGAAGGUGAAGGGGAAAACUUAUUUACAAUUUAUGGAAAUUCUUUACUUCUUAAAAAUCCCUUAAAACCUGGCCAAUUCGAUAUUAAUUUACGUGCCCGUCUUCAACGUAAAGGGAAAAUUUAUGUUGCUGAACAUAAACUUAGAAUUAUUGUUAUUGAUGAUGAAUUGCCUCAAUUAUAUCCUGUUUUUGAGAAAAUUAGUCAUGAAUUUAAUAUCGACCCAGAAGGCCAUUUCCCCGUUGUUUUCCCUCCAUUAAAUGCUUCCUUGGCAGGUGGUGGAAGCGAAAAUAUUCGUUUUAAUCUUUUCCCUGCUCGAAGUAAUGACCCAACAGAUGGAAUAGAAAUACAUCCAAAAACUGUAAAAUUUUUAAAAAAUAUUUCUAAGAAAAUUAUUUUGAAGGGACAAAUAAGAGUUCGCCGUUCAUUUCUUCGCCAUUUCCCUUCCGGAAAGGGUGGAGAAGUUUUUCUUGUAGUUAGAGCUGUUAAUCAAGCAUUAAAUGAUAAACAACAAAAAUAUUUUUCUGAUGCAAGUAUUUCAAUAAUUAUUAAACAAAAAUUAAUUCCGCCAUUAAAAUUCGAAUCUACCUUGUAUCGUUAUAUUUUAUCUGAACGUCAACCAUCUGGAAGUAUUUUAGAGAAUGGCCCUCCAAUUAGAAUUUUAGAACCUAAUUUACAUUCAAAUAUUAGAAUUAGACUAGCAACCUCUCCACAAACUGUUUGGGCGCUUAAACAUUUUGGAUUAAUGCCUAACGGGUCUUUAAUGUUAAAAGAAGAAGUGGAUAUGGAAAAAAUGUUGGAUAAAAGUCAAGGGUUAAUAAAAAUGGAGUUAAUUGACAACAACGAACAUAUCCCCGUAUUUACACCCCUUUUCCCUAAAUUUUAUUUACAACCAGAAAAUCUUUUUGCCGGCCAUCCAAUUGGGAAAUUGUCUGUUAAAGAUGAGGAUUUUACUGAUAGACAAGGAGAUACACUUGCAUUUAGAGCAAUUUCUGAUCAAAAUGCAGCAUUGCCUGGUGUUUACACUCUUCUUGUUGAAGUUCAAGAUUUUGGUGGUUUAAGUGCUCGUACAACGGCCACUUUUAUUUUAUUAAAUUAUGGAGAGAAAUUUACAUCGAUACAACCAGGAAUGGCGAAAGGAAUUUUGGACGAGAAAGGCACUACAGUCGAGUUUCCACUUCCGCCAGUUGAUUUAGAAGGAGAAGAAAUUAAAGAACAAUACACAAAAAUAAUUGCUAGUUCUGGAGGAGGAAAUAAUUUAGCGCCAAUUUUCUCAGUACGUGAUUCAAUCGACUGGGAAAAUAUGAGAAAAAUUGAUAAAAAUAUGUCACAAAAUCUGAAUUUUGUUUUGGAAGAAAAUAAUUAUAAAGAGUUAUUUCGAAUGGAUAAACAAAGUGGACAAUUAUUUUUGGAAGAAAAUAAAAAUUUGUUAGAUAAACAAAAGGAAGGAGGAGGAAAUGAUGAUAAUGAAUAUGAAUUGAGAGUUAGAGUGGAAAGUCCGAUGGAUGAAGGUGAAAAAAAGAAAAACGGAAAAGAUUCAAAUCCACGUAUUCUUCUUCGUCGUGUUUAUACCGUUCGUCUCGUUCCAAGUAUUGCUGUAGGCAUUCAAUCAAAUAAUAAUAAAUCCUCUACGAAUGAAGUUAAUAUUGAAGAAAGUACAAUUCCGACAACUGAAAGUUCAUUUACCCAAUUAUUUUCAACAAAUUCUAAUAAUAUUACAACACUUUCUGACGAGGAAUUCUUAAAAACAACUUUUUCAUCAUCUUCAGUUUCCCCUGCAUUCUUAGAAAGUAGUACAGCUGAAGAAAUAACAACAAUAAUUAAUCAUGAAUUUACUAAAGAAUUAAUUGAAGAAACAACAACAUUAUUAACAAAUCAAGAAGAAUUAGCAACAACAACAACAAAUAAUUUAGAAGAAGAAUUUUCUCCUUCCACAACUUUAAAAGUUCCCUCUGCCCGUCCUUUAGAAUUUCCCCCAACAUUCUCCACAAAAAUACCAACAAAAUCUUCAACUUCCCCCUCAAAAACAUUUUCUACUUUUUCUACUCGCCAACAUUCAAAAACAACAGAAAAGAUCAAUUUUGCCCUUCCUCGUUAUCAUUGGCUCUUAAAUAAUCCAACAAAUAAUGUUUUGAUUGGAAAAUUGGAUGUAAUUGAUUAUUCAAAUAAAGAAGAAAUGUUAAAUAAAGUUGAAAUGAUUAUUGAACCUCCACAAUUUAGGCAAUGGUUUAAAGUAGAUUCUGAGACUGGCAAUCUUUAUUUAAAUGAAGUACCUGAAGGGUUAUAUGGACGUCAAAGAGCAGAAUUUCGAAUAAAUUUAAUUGUUCACAAUUCAUUAAUGGGAGAGACAAGUGUAACUGUUGAUUUAAAUUUACCUUCAAAUGAAAAUAAACAAAAAGAAAAAAAUGUUGAGAAUAAUAAUCAGUUAACAACAACAACUAAAACAACUCUAGAGACAACAAUAGAAAUUUCUGAAGGUUCUGAUCAGGAGGCAACAUCACUAACUGAACUAGACAAUAUUCACCGCUUUACAGUGAGUGUAUCUCCAAUGCAUUUUGCUAGCACCACAAACCUAGGGGAGAGGGAAGAAGAAACUGAAGCAACAACUGAAAUUGUUAAAUUUACUCAAAAAUCGAAAGGACAACAAAAUUUAAAGUUUGGAUCCCCUGAAUUUCGAGCAAUGCUUCCUGAAGGGCGUUAUGGCAAUAGUGGGGCACAAUUAACUCUUAGACCAUAUCCCCUUUCUACUGGAAUGCCAAAAGGAAUUCAAUAUUCAAUUAUUGACAAUGAAGAAAUAAAUAAUUUGGGACAAUCACCUUUACCUUUUUUUGUGCAUAGUGAUAGUGGAGAUUUGGUAGCUUUUGCUGAAAUUGAUCGUGAAGAAAAGUCUGUAUAUCGAUUUAAAGUUAAGGCUUUUGACCCCUCAACUAAUCAAAAUGCCGAAACUCUAGUUACUGUCCAAAUACUCGAUGUAAAUGAUAAUUUUCCACACUUUUUGGAGCCUUUAAUUUGGACUAUACCAAUAGCAAGAAAUACUCCAUAUAAUACACAAUUAGCAACUUUCCAAGCUAAAGACAAUGAUGAGGGUUCUCAUGGGCGUGUGCAUUUUAAAAUAGAAAAAGAUUCAAGCGGUGGAUUGUUUUAUAUUGAUGGUAGAAGUGGACAAUUGUUUUUGACAAAGAAUGUGCCUGCUGAGAAUGUUGAUCCUCGAGAUCAAUUCGAAAUAAUAAUUUCUGCAUUGGAUGGUGGCCGUCCAUCCCUCCGUACCGAACAUCAUAUUAGAAUUGAAGUUUUCCCCGAAGGAAAUGAAUUUGCUGCUCCAGAAUUUCUUCGUCCUGAAUUUAAUGCUGGAAAUAUUAGUGGGGCUGCUGCACAAAAUGGAACUUUUAUUUUUCAAGUAACUGCUGGAACUUCUAAACAAAUUUGUUAUGAAUUGAUUGACCCUCCAAUAGCUAAACUUUUCGUUAUCGACUCGAAUAACGGACAAAUUCGGAUGGGGAGACGCCCCUUAGAUUCUGAACGUGGCCAUCAAUGGUUGUUGAAUAUUAGUGCAUUUGAUUGUCAACAAAAAGAGCAUCAACAUGGACUACAUUGGGCAUUUACAACGGUAAAAGUCCAAUUAGAACAAUUACCAAACGAAAUUAUUCAAACAACAACAACAAUUGGAAUAACUAAAGGAGAAAUAGAUUCAGAAACAAAUAUAAAAGAGAAUUGCCAUUUUUCUCAAAAAGUUUACAAUACUGAAAUAACAGAAAAUACACAAGGAAAACAAAAACUUUUAAAUUUAAAUAUUAUUGGAAAUUGUGAAAAUCAGCAAAUUCAUUGUUUAUUAAAUCAAAGCAAUGAAGCAUUUGAAUUAAAUGAUGAAAUUAAUGAAAAUAAUAACAAAUAUUGUGAAGUUUUUGUUGUUCAAUCCCUCGAUAGAGAAAAGAAAUCUAUUCAUUUUUUGGUUGUUAAUAUAAGUAUUGAAAGUCAGGAAGGUAAAGCUUCUGUUAAUGAAAUACAAGUUGAUUCUUCUGAAUUAACAACAAAAAAAGUGGGGAAUGAUGAGGAAGAAUUACAAAAAAGAUUAAAAAGAAAAAAUGGAAUUAAUAAUAGAAUUAAACAAAAUAAUUUAAAAGAAGGCCGAGAAGUGGCUUUUAAUGGAUUAGUUGAACAAAUCAAAUCAAAGCUAUCAGACAAUCAAGCAUUAAUUGUUGUAAGAGUUAUUGAUCAAAAUGAUAAUGAACCUAAAAUUAAUCAUUUAACAUCUGACGGACAAAUUGUUUUUGCUGUGGAUUGGCAAACUCCAGUACUUCAACCUAUUGGACGUAUUCAAGCCUUUGAUCCUGAUGAACAGCCUAAACAAUUACAAUUUUAUUUAGAAGGAGAUAAUUCUAAAUUAUUUUCUAUUAAUUCAAGUUCUGGUGUUAUUCAAUUAAUGAAAUCUUUACAAAUAGAAAAUUCUGAUGAAUAUUAUUUGAGUGUUAGUGUUAGUGAUGGAGAACAUACAAUACAAACACCUUUAACUAUUUAUAGACUUCAAUUAGGAACGAAUAUUGCUCUUUUAGUAAUAAAUAAACCGGUAGAUCAAGUAGAUGUACUUAAUGUUGUUAGACAUUUAAAUGCACUUCUCCCUUCUUUGGAUGUUGAUGUUCUUGUUAAACAAGUUUAUAUUGGAGAAAAUGGAUUGGCUGAUCCAAAACGAACUCAUUUACUUGUUUAUGCCCAAGACAAACAAACAAGAAUACCUUUGCCUGCUAAUAAAUUAAAAGAAUUGUUAGAAUCUUCCCUCGCUCAAUCAGUCUCUUCCGACACAAAUUCCCCUUCUAUUCCAAAUCUCAAAAUUUCUGAUUCUCCUUUACAAUUCUUGGCAAGUGUUCAAGUUCCGGAUUAUGGUGUUUGGAGUUCAACAGCUCCCUUCAGAUUAAAUCCAACUGAAAUUAUUUUAUUGUCUGUCAGUGCAUUUUUGGUAUUCGGAAUUUGUACAAUGCUUUAUUUACUUUUGCGAAAACAAGAAUUGAUAACAAAAUCUGAUUUGGAAUAUAUGGUAGACAGUCAAAUAGCUGGUCCUCGGCCAUAUAAUGUUGAAUUAAUAACACGUAAAGCUAUGCAAAAUGCUCAAAAUGCUACACUUAGAUUGCCUGAACCUGUUGAGGAUUGCACUUUGACGCCAGAAUCUCGCGCAACAAUGCUUGCUUCUUCGGGUAUUUAUAGCGGCGGCAAUUUAGGAGGUCCAUUAAGAAGAACAAAUCGUGUAACAACAACAGAAUCAUCUUUAUCAGAGGAAGGAACACCGCCACAAUUUUCUCGUUCAAAUAUGUCAAAUGAACAAUUAAUAAGAGGCCAAGGAGGAUUAUAUGGAAGAAAUGGAGACCCUGAAGAACCAGAAUAUUCUCCAACAAUUCCUCGACAUCAAAGAUUACAAAAUAAUUAUGAAUCUGGUGAACAAAGCCCGGAAACUAUGAGGAGUGAAGCAGAAGAAAUAAAUGUUUCACCUCCAGAGGAAUGUCCUCCACCCCCACCUUCAAGUAGUCCUCCAGAAUUAAAUGGAAAAUAA